CUUUCUUUUUUUAUUAUUAUUAUUACUCCCAAAAAUAUUCGAGAUGCUUGUCAUUAACUCGAAUCAAAGAAGACCUUUAUUAAUAUCCACAGGGUUUCUUUUCUUUUGUAUAUGCUUCUUCUUUUGGCCUUUAAAGGCUCCUAAUAACCAAGUAGCCCUCAGUAAUACUACCUAUGAACCGCUCGUUCACCAUCCUAAUCUUCGAGAUCCCUCUCAACCACCUGCCUGGCACAAUACAACUCGUGUAAAAGCAGCGUUUGUCAUCUUGACUCGUAACAAUGAACUCGAUGCACUUCGAAAGACCAUUCAACAACUCGAGGCUCGCUUUAACCAUAAAUUUAAUUAUCCCUAUGUCUUUUUAAACGACGUUGAAUUUACGCAAGAGUUUAAGGACCUGACUUCCAGUUUAACAAACGCCGAGACGAAUUAUGGUAUUAUCCCACAAGAACAUUGGAGUUAUCCUGAUUGGGUGGAUGUGGAAAAGGCGGAUCGAUUACGUAAAAAGAUGGGAGAAGAUGGUAUUAUCUAUGGAGAUAAUCUAUCGUACAGGCACAUGUGCAGAUUUGAAAGUGGCUUCUUUUACCGUCAUCCAUUGAUGGCUGAUUAUGAGUAUUAUUGGCGUGUAGAACCCAGUGUUGAAUUCUCUUGUGAUUUAGACUAUGAUCCGUUCCUGUACAUGAAGGAAAAUAACAAGAAAUACGGCUGGACCAUAUCCUUGAUCGAAUUUGAGUCAACGAUUCCUUCCUUAUGGUCCACAGUGACAUCCUUUAUGAAGGAAAACCCAGAGAUGAUCCCUCAACAUAACUUAUUGGACUUUAUCUCGAAUGACGGUGGUAAAAAUUACAAUCUCUGUCAUUUCUGGAGUAAUUUUGAAAUUGCCGAUCUCAAGUUCUUGCGAAGUCCUGAAUAUACAGCCUUCUUUGAUUAUUUGGAUCGUUCCGGUGGCUUCUUUUACGAAAGAUGGGGUGAUGCGCCUGUGCAUUCGAUCGCCGUUGGUAUCUUCUUAAACAAGUCGGAGGUUCAUUUCUUUAAUGAUGUAGGUUACAAGCAUGAUCCGUUCAUGCAUUGUCCCGUGGCCCGUGAAUUACAAAAGAAAUGUCACUGUAGCGCUGAAGACAAUUUUGAUCUUACACCUAAUUCUUGUAUGCAACGAUGGACUGAUAUUCGCAACAAGUAAAAAGAAAAGAUACCACAAACGAUAGAGAUAUCCCCCCCUUUUUCUAAAAAAAAAAACGCACAACACGAAUUAUAAGGUUUUUUUUACUUUGUGUGAAUUUACAAGCAUUUUUAAAUUUAAAGGGCUAUGUGUGAGUGAG